AUUGUCGCAAUGUGUCAAUACUUACGAAAAGAUUCUUAGAAGCGCAAAGAGCAUCGGCAUCAAUGAUACCACCAGAGGCGGAGCCUGAUCGCUAUCAUUUCGUUCCAUUGAGUCAAGCAAAUCUUGAGUCUCCGUGAUAAUGAUUUCUACUGGCUGCUCGCUUGGGCUCUGAUCUCAAAACCCUGUAAGAAACAUAUUGGUAGUGCCUAUUAUGAAUCUGUGUACUGGCCUAAAUCACACUCUUCGCAAUAUGACAAGGUCUUCCAAAUUCAUUUUAUAAUUCCUAGAUCUCCUCGUAGUUAUCGUCGUAUAAUCUAUUUGUACUAGUCAACCUCAAAAUGCCCUCCAUACUUUGCUGCUCGUCUAUCAAGCCUUAUCGGCCGACUUUAGUCGACCAUGAACCUAAGUUCACUCAAUUCAUGCGCUGGGCCAAGUCAGACCCUGUGGUAUCUGCGGACGAGUCUUCGCUCCUAAGCAGCGCGGCGUAUGCAAUUCAGCUUGUCAGACAGGUCAACUAUGGGCCGCAAGAGUCCAUAAGAUACUUUGUCCCAGCUAGUGGAAGCUCGGACUUCCUCGAAGUCACCGAGAAUGAACUUAUUCCGGAGAACUUCGAAAAAUUGAACUCAUUCAAGAACUUCAAAUGCGACCAACACAACAAAUUCUUCGACGUCAACUUAUACCAGAAGAACCCCGUCAACACUCAUCAUUGGCGAGCUAACCUAGCACAACCUUCUAGAGAUAUCGACUUGGCAUCUAGGAGCCCUGAGCAAGAGCAGAAUAGGGAGGAAGGGGGGCCUAGUCAAGACUGUCCACCUUCCGAUCCUGAUCCUGAGCUGUCUCCGCCCGAGCCAUCUGGCUCACUCGCUCCCGGGCAUCACUCUAGUGAAGUCGAGCUUCACGAGAAAGACACUUUGGCCCAACUUCUCGUCAGUUGCUCGACCAAGAUAUCGACUCUAAAGCCAAUUCUCCAGUUCCUUCUUCCUAGACUGAGGUCAAACCUGGGCUCGAACAGCAUUCUAUCCCUAUUGUCCCUUGACUGGGUCAAUAGAGAACUAGGACUGGGGAUUGAUUACGAAGAUCUGUGGGAGUCUGAACUGACUGCCCCAAACAUUGCCAUCUUCUUGAAUGAUUGCAUUGAGCUCUCUGUUGUGGACUCAGUCAACCCUACGAACAUCAUAGACUUAGUGGCUCACACUCUGAACCACAUGAGCUCCCUGAAGGAUAAAGAGGCACCUGGUCGCGUGAAACUUGAGAGAAUCAUUAGCCGGGUAUUUGAAUCGGAUGCUUCAGCGAGCUGGGUUACUCGCAACAGAGACAACAUCAAGCAUAUCAUCACAUAUGGCCCAAGCGAAGAGAUGCUUCAGAGCUCUAGAUAUCGAGACGAAGAAGUGCACCAAGAUCGGCUUCGCCAUAAACAUGCAAGGAACGUACCGGGACAAUUCAUAGAGGAAGAGUAUCUCACCGAUGAUGAACGUGACAGGUAUGGAAGAGAAUCAGAAUAUGAGUCAUAUUCGCCUAUGAAAGACUACACUGCCUGUGAUAAGGAGUGCGGGUAUUGCGGUAAUUGUGAUUACUAACGUAAGGCCAAAAAGCCGAGGUAGUCAAGUUCUUGGGAUGGGUCUACGGUGACAAGACGGAUUCUGUGAAUUUUUGAAAUAUCAUUGUGUUCUCUAAAAGAAUGAUUAAGACGUCCGUUAGGUUGCUCAGAUUGAUGUCACUGCCGAGCGGGGUACUGUGAUUAUUCUCGGUUCUUUGGAAUUAGUCCGACCAUGUCUGACAUGGUCCCAUUUUGAAGCUGCAUGUGCUGAUAAGAUGUUCCGGCGUCGCUCACGAUGUGCUUGCAAUAAAGAUCGAUAUGAAGGCAUAUCUGAAAAGAACUUUUGUUGUUGCAAGCCUAGUUGGUAGAAGACUGACCUAGUGGCAGCUUAGAGUGAAUAGGGGUAACGUGCCCAGAGUCCCCGCUAGGGUUGCCCCUGUUCUCACUCAGCAGGUAGGUAGGUACUGCAACAGCGCCUAACUUCUCUGUAUGCCGCCAAAUGGGAAUUAGUUACGAUACGGAAAAAGGAAUUUAGCAGAUUUCAAUAACAUUGUUACAAAU